UAUUCCAACUGUCAUCCAACAUUACAGUAAAAUCACUUCUAACAAUACAAGAUGAAGUGUUUGACAACUUUCGCUUUUCUGAUUAGUUCAGUGUUAUUAACAAAUGCUACAAAAACUCCGUCAAUAGUUAUAAUUGGGGCUGGGACCUCAGGGCUAUCAGCAGGAAAGAAACUCCUGGAAAAUGGCAUUCAAAACAUAACAAUCCUUGAAGCAGAAUCCAGAAUAGGUGGUAGAAUCAACAGUGUGUAUUUUGGAGAAAAUUAUGUAGAUCUAGGUGCAACUAAUUGCCAUGGAGAAAAAGGCAAUAUUGUAUAUGAAACCGUUAAAGACUUAAACCUGCUUGGAGAUACACAAUAUCCUAAAGAUUUUUAUUAUUCCUCUGGGGUUAAGGUAGAUUCCAAAUUUAGUGAAGAACUAAUAAAAAUAAUGACAAGUAUAUAUCCUAAUAUGGUCGAACCUGCUAAAAAUAUGUCUUUAGGAGAUUAUGUCAUAAAAUACUACAAUAAAGCAAUAAACGAAAAAUUUGGAUCAGACAAAGAAAAGCUAAACAUAGCCAAAGGUGCAAUUUAUUUUCUAGAAACCGUGGCCUUAAGUGAUGAAAACAGCCCUUCUUGGUUCGACAUUACCAUUGAUAACGACUUCAUACCGAAUGAAGGUAACACUUGGUUAAAUUGGAAAGGCAAAGGAUAUAAAACCUUCCUAGAAGUUUUUCUUAACAAUUCUGGCGUUCACGAAAAAGUAAUUUUCAACAAAGAAGUAAAAAAAGUGUCUUACGAUGCUAGCAAGAAAUGGCAAGGUGUAACGGUUUCUUGUUCUGAUAAUACUCAGUAUGUGGCCGAUCACGUAAUAGUAACGACAUCUUUGGGAGUGUUAAAAGAAAAUUUGAACAACCUAUUUGAACCAGAAUUACCUUCAGUUAAAAGAAAAGCCAUAGAUAGAAUGGGAUUUGGUGUUAUUAUGACAGUUGCCCUGCACUAUGAGAAUCCUUGGUGGGAGAAUGAUUCCAAAGGUUUUAAUUUUAUUUGGAGCAAGGAAGACUUGGAGAAUUCUGUUUCAGAGUUUUCAGAGGGACCUCAUUACAAUAACCGUUCUUGGAUAACGUAUAUUUGUGGAUUUGUGAAAGCAGAUUUAAAUCCAAACGUAUUGAUAGCAUGGUUUUCAGGAAAUUUAGUACCAGAAAUUGAACUAAUAUCUGAUGAAACUCUCUCAGAUGGCUUGACCUACCUUAACAAAAAAUUCUUAGGACACGCCUACAACGUAACAAAACCCGACAAAAUAAUUCAUUCAAAAUGGCGCGCGAAUCCUCAUUUUAGAGGAUCGUAUUCGUUCCAAAAACCUGAAGCUGAGAAAAGAGAUAAUCCAACGAAUGCUGAAGAAGAUUUGGCAGUACCAAUCAAAAACGUCGAUGGAAGACCAUUUGUGCAUUUUGCUGGAGAGGCUACCCAUGCUUAUUAUUUCUCGACUGUACAAGGAGCAACAGAAAGCGGUUUACGAGAAGCUGGGAUUAUUAAAAAAUAUUAUUCAUGAUGAAUCAAUGUUAUCCAAAAUUUUUCAUUUGUUUUAAAUAAAAAAAUGAUUUUAUUUA